AUGCUUAGAGUACUAAUACCUACCACGAAAACAGGAUCAAGGAGACUUUAUUCCACUGAAUUUCCUACUAAUAUCAACUCCAAACCAAAUAUUUCACAAUUUAAAACCCCUUUGUUGCAUACAUUUCUCAUAGCAAGUACCACCUAUUUGCUCCUCAAUACCAUUGCAAUGACUCUUGAAUACGAAGAAGAGAAACAAAAGAUUGAAAAUUUGGAAAAAAGUAUCGAGUUUGAGAUUCAAACAGUUAUUGAUAAUAAAAAGAAACAGUUAGAGUCCAGAUGGUAUCAAAAAAUUCCAUUUUUUUGGAAAUCUUAA